AGGUCCUUUGUGCCUCGAGUUGGCUGCGAGGUGCAGCAAGCGAGCUUCCAUCGCCGCGGGGUUGUGCUUCCUUGGCGCCAUGCCUCCAGGGUUCAACGGACUUUGCAACAAGGAGUUCUCCAAGCCGCCCGCCAGCAAGAAAGACAGGCAGCAGAAGGCAGAGGCACGCAAGAAUGCGGCCGCGGCCAAGGCUGCAAAAAGGGCCAAGGAUGAGGAGGAGGAAGGCGAGGCGAGAGCCCGCGCAGGAGGGGAGGACGAUGCCGAGCGCGAGGCCGAGCUCGCCCGCGCGCAGGAGGCCGAGAGGAGGCAGGCAGACGCCCGGCGGCUGCAGGCCGUCAGCGGCAAGGCAGUCAAGGCGUGCUCCUCUCGGUAACUGGAAGCAGGCCUUGGCGCUCUACACCGAGUGCGUCGAGCUCGACGCGAACGACCACCUCCACUGGUCGAACCGCGCGCUGGUGCAGGACAAGCUCGGAAGGCACGACGAGAUGCUGGAGGACGCGCUCCGGUGCGUCGAGCUGAAGCCCGAUUUCGUCAAAGGUUGGACCCGCGUGGGGGCGGCAAACCUCGCGCUGGAGCGGUUCGAUGCGGCGGAGGAGGCCUUCCGGCGAGCGCUGGCUCUAGACCCCGAGAGCGCGGCGAGUCGAGAGGGCCUCGCCGCUGUCGAGAGGGCGCGGGAGGAGGCAGUUCUGCAGGAGGAGGACGAGUUUGAUGUUGUGCUCCGGGAGGUGAAGAUGCUCGGGCAUGCCGAAUUGCGGAGACGAGCUUUGGAAGAAGGCGUCCGGGAGGAGAAGAUCGAGGAUGCAGAGCGAAGGGAGGACGUCAAGGAGGCGUUGAUUAGCCUCAUCUUUGCGCACCGGUAUAUUGUCGAUCUGGUGCAGCAGGAUCUGGUGGGCCUGGAUUGUGAAAGGCUUUGUAGUAGGGCGCGCGAGGAGGGGUUGGACGAAGAGCAGAUUACCGCAGUAGUGAGAGAGAACGGCAACCCUGGAGAUUUGCUCAGAGCAUUGAUCGUAGAUUAUGUUUCGAACGACUUGGUCGGCUCUGCGAUCGAGAUCUUGGAUGCGGCUGAGUUCGAGGAAGUGCCUGACGAGGACACCGAUGCCGCUGUGGAGGACUUGGACAUAGAGGUUGUAGAUGUUGGUGACGACAUCGCGAAUCUUGAGCUCGGGGCAGGGGAUGUCUUCCUCGCUGGAGCAUACAUCGACAGUGCGUUUGGAGAGCUAGUCCUACCAAAUGGCCUUCGGUUGGGCCAUCGAUCUAUGCACAGGUAUUACAAGCAGAGACUUCGGCCGGAUGAUGGCCAACAGGUGGUUCUACGGAGUUCGCGCUUGGAUUUGGUAAGAUGGCAGGCAAAGAUUGCGCGUCAACAGGGGUGGAAGUCGGAAAAUCGUAUUUCGGGGGCGGCUUCGAAGGCUGGAGCGUCGUCGACUGUGGUCCGCAAGCAGAGGACAGAGCUCCACAACAUGAAGAUGUGGCACAACCUUCACAUGUGGGGCAUGGGCGGUGGUGGAAGCCAUUACUGGGGUGCUGGCGGCAAGCAGUACAACAAAGGAAAUAAGGUAAAAGGCCUGAUAUUGAGGCACUCUCGGCAGGGGGCGAAGCUGCAAGCUGCACGGAACAAGGCCAACAGAGGCGACGCGAGCUGCGCGGUGUUGCGGUGAUCGUCGCAUCUGUUGGCCCGCCGCGCUGCAAAA